CUCUCCCGCGUGCAUCUCGAACAGUAGCACCGCAAUCCCAAACGACCCUUAACGCUCUCUUUCUCCCGCGUGCAUCUCGAACAGUAGCUGCCGCUGCAUUUUGUUCUACGACGGCCCUGCGCUUCUGGUUGAAGAAGGCCGGGGAUCGACGCUGGUUUUCGUGGGUGAUUGAGGACAAAUAGUGAGACAAGUUCCAUCUCUUGGGAAUUCAAAUUUUCAUGAUUUCCCAUUUGUCCCUUUCAUCUCCAAGCCGUAUUUUCUAGAAAUGCACUAUUUUGGAAUUCCACAGUUUCCAUUCUCUCCGGCCAUGAGAAAUGCGCUGUUUUAGAGUUACAAGGAACCAAAACCGCUUGGCCUUCCUCAAAAUUCUCUCCCUAACCAAACACCAAGCCUCUGCUCUCUCCACCUUUACUAUCCAAGACCCUCAUGCCAAUCCAAACAGAGAAGCAGUUCCUGCCAAUUUCUCCUCUCACUCACCGCAGAAAACCCACUUGGUCCCCUCCAAUAACAUGAGCCAGGAAACCGCAACAACCCAUUUUUCAAGAAAAUCCACACCCUCCGCUCAAUCUAAUCUUAUUGAUGUGGUUUCAUCAAACAAAGUUAUCACCACCUAUAUUCGAGCUGGUGAUUUAUAUUCUGCUCUUAAAGUGUUUGACGGUAUGCGGGUGAAGACUACAGUUACUUGGAAUUCAAUCUUGGCCGGCUAUUCGAAGAAACCUGGGAAUAUGAAAGAAGCCUGUGAGCUAUUCGAUAGGAUUCCUAAACCAGACAUAUUUUCAUACAACAUAAUGUUAGCUUGUUAUUUACACAAUUCUGAUCUAGAUACUGCACGGGCUUUCUUCGACAAGAUGUCUGUUAAAGAUACGGCGUCUUGGAAUACGAUGAUAUCGGGUUUUGCUCAGAAUGGAAAGAUGGGGGAAGCAUGCAAAUUGUUUUUGUUGAUGCCCAAUAAGAAUAGUGUAUCGUGGAGUGCUAUGAUCUCGGGGUAUGUGGAAUGUGGGAAUUUAGAAUGUGCGAUGGAGUUGUUUGAGGUAGCUCCGGUUAAGAGUGUGGUGGCAUGGACUGCCAUGAUUACUGGGUAUAUGAAGUUUGGGAAGAUUGGAUUGGCGAAGAAGAUGUUUCAAGAGAUGCCCGUGAAAAAUUUGGUGACAUGGAAUGCUAUGAUUGCAGGUUAUGUCGAGAAUGAUCGAGCAGAGGAUGGUUUGAAGCUUUUCAGGGAAAUGGUGGGAGUUGGGGUUAGGCCAAACCCAUCAAGCUUGAGUAGUGCUUUAUUGGGUUGUAGUAAUCUAUCAGCAUUGCAGUUGGGUAAACAAAUUCAUCAGUUGGUUUAUAAGUCUCCACUGUAUAGAGAUACGACAGCUGCAACUUCAUUGAUUAGCAUGUAUUGGAAGUGUGGAGGUUUGGUCGAUGCUUGUAGAUUGUUUAAUGAGAUUCCCAAAAAAGAUGUGGUCACUUGGAAUGCAAUGAUUUCUGGUUAUGCUCAACAUGGGGCAGGAGAAAAAGCUCUCCAUUUGUUUAAUGAGAUGAGGGAUGAGGGAAUGAAGCCAGAUUGGAUCACCUUUGUUGCAGUAUUACUGGCUUGCAACCACGCUGGAUUGGUAGAUCUUGGGGUUCGACAUUUUGAUUUAAUGGUAAGGGAUUAUGGAAUUGAAGCUAAGCCAGACCACUAUACAUGUAUGGUUGACCUUCUAGGUCGAGCAGGUAGGCUAGUUCAAGCUGUAAAUUUGAUAAAGAAAAUGCCUUUCAAGCCCCAUUCUGCUAUUUUUGGAACACUUUUGGGUGCUUGUAGGAUCCACAAGAAUCUAGAGCUGGCUGAGUAUGCUGCAAAGAGCUUGCUUGAUCUUGAUUCUGCUAGUGCAGCUGCUUAUGUUCAACUGGCUAAUGUUUAUGCCGCCAUGAGCAGAUGGGACCAUGUUGCUAGAAUUCGACGAUCAAUGAAAGAAAACAAUGUAGUCAAGACACCUGGGUAUAGUUGGAUUGAGGUGAAGAAUAUAGUUCAUGAGUUCAGGUCGGGAGAUAGGGUCCACCCAGAAUUAGCCUCUAUACAUGAGAAACUCAAAGAAUUGGAAAAGAAAAUGAAGUUGGCGGGCUACUUUCCAGAUCUUGAAUUUGCAUUACAUGAUGUGGGGGAAGAGCAGAAGGAGCAGCUUUUGCUAUGGCACAGUGAAAAAUUGGCCAUUGCUUUCGGGCUGAUAAAACUGCCAUCAGGGACUCCAAUCCGGGUCUUUAAAAACUUGAGGAUAUGUGGGGAUUGCCACCAUGCCAUCAAGUACAUAUCGGCAAUUGAAAGAAGGGAAAUCAUUGUUAGAGAUACUACAAGGUUCCAUCAUUUCAAAGAUGGGUUUUGCACUUGUGGUGAUUACUGGUAAGCUUGCAACAUUGCG